GUGGAUUCGACUCGUGUGUUACUGUAGGCAGGUGUAACGCAUUUGAAACCUUACUCAUUCAGUUGUGGUUGAGGGUUUCUAGACUCCCUCACCUCUUCGUUGUCAAGCUCCUCUGUUUUCCAGUUAUCUUUGAUUAUUGGAUGUAACACCAUACAGCAUUGUCGUCAAUUCAGAACAUGGUUUCUGAACGAGAUUCGCGCUACUGUCGUCUUUGGAAAUGCCAAGUAUCAGUUGGUGAAUUGUAUCGGUGGAUUUUAGCGAAGCUUUCUGACAAGGAUAUUAAACGAGCUUUACACAAAUACCGAGAUUUGAUGCCUAGACAAUCAGAUUGGAACAGAAAGCUUACUCAAGCAACUAGCAUGCCGGAGCUGGGAUUUCGAUAUCUUUAUCGAUGCGGUCAGAUAGAUGAGAGUAAUCACCGAACUAUGCAGAAAAUGUUGAAGUACAUUGAUCGACAAGACGUACUACCGUAUUUUGAUACGAUUUUGUACAACACCAAUCAUGCCAAUUGUUCUUUAGAAGAGCUGCAAAAAGUCUUUUUGGAUAGAGUCAAUGUCUUUUUAGAACAUUCUUCUGUACUUCAUGAAGAAGAAGUUCAUCCUGAACCUGAAUAUGAGAUAAUACGACGUCAACCAGUCGAAGGUUCACGAGUCACCAGAUUAAGUCUGAAAAGGAAGUCUUCUGCUGCUGAUAUUCCCGUUUCUGUCUCAUCAGUGAAACGUGGACGUCGGUCUGUCACCUCAUCAUCAUCUUCAUCAAAAACUGAACAGUCAAGUGAUUUUGAAAAUCCAUUUCUUCGAUAUUGUGGUAGGGUGAGAUCAGCAAUUAUAGCGAAUUCACUGAACGGUCCAGUUGUUCAUACUAUGCUUUCUGCAUCACUUAUUAGUACACUGGUAUCUUUACACACCACUUUAUCUCAAGCAUUCGAUAGCUCCAAUCUAUCUACAUCAAUGCCAAAUGUGUCGAAUAGCAGUACUACUGGAACUACUGUUAAUAAUUUAAAUUCAUCCUCUCCAAACAGUCCUUUGAUCUUUCAUCUAUUAGCUAUUAUACCUCAUUUAAUUGCUGCUUCACGUGCAAAUCAGUUAUCGAAUCCAAGUAUUCUAUCUAAUCCUGCACCACCUCAAGUGCCUGGUUAUUCAAGUAAUAAUAAUAAUAAUAACAAUCCAGUAAUUUUCGGUCCAAGAUUGGUUGGUGUUCGUUACAGACCGAGAGUCAAUGCUGAAAGACGACCGCCUCAACAGGUUCAAGAGCAUGCAGAUCCUGUUCUUCCACCUCUUGUUGAUAAUAAUUUAAACCGUGAACCUAAUAUGCAAGAUCCUGCUCAUCCUCUCCCUGGUAUUCGUGUUCCUUUUAUCAAUCCUCCUAAUCUGGAUGGAGAUCGUCCAAAUGGACUUUUAUUUGCCCCACAACUUAAUGUACGACUUCCAGACAAUGGGUCACCUGCUGUAGUCUCUCAACAAUCGACAAAUAUUCCUGUCUUAUUAAAACAUGUUGUUUUAUCGGCCGGUGGGAUUGGCAUUACUACUUCACCUCAUGAUUCAUUAAUCCACUACUAUUGUAAUCUUAAGUUGCACAUCAACAUUGAUUUUGGUCCUUCAACAGAAAGUUUGAGAAGGAUUCAGACAGUUCGUCAAGAUACCUUUGAACGUCAAAUUGAUUUUUUUGUUCAAGCAUCUAAUAUGUUGAAGGCUCGUUCAUCGAAUGAAUUUGUUUGUAAUCUACAGUUUACACGACUUAAUCAACUUGAAGAUUUCUGGGCUGAUUAUCAGUCAGGAGCCUUAAGAUCUUAUCUCAUGUUAACACUUAAAAGUCAACCAAAUAAAUGCUUUUUUGGUGAACCACCACAACUUGUACCUAAUCAAUCAGUUUCCUCGUCAUCAGUAAGUGAACAACAUAACAUUGUUGAUAUAGUUGAAGAAAAUCAUUCCGCAAAUGUUGUUGUAAAUGCUUCUCAAAACUUAGUUGGAAAUAACUCUAAUGUUAUGGCUAAUGGUGUUGGAUUAGUGAAUGCAUCCUUCAUAGAUCCACCAGAGUAUAGUCAUCAAAAUCCUGUUCAUUCAGCUACUUCAUCAUCUUUGAAUAUGGCAAAAGAUGAAGAUUCACUUAAUAUGUUAGCAUCUUCUAUUGAAACACUACAUCGUACAUUUCAACGUAUGACACGUCGGGAACUGGUAACCACAUUGUCAUUAUCUUCAGAUCAAUUGGAUGAAUUUACCAAAUUUGAAUUAAAUUUAUUUGUUUCACGUAGAGAAUAUGAAAAUGGACGAUGUUUACUAAUGCGUAAUUUACGCGCUAUACCAAGUCUAUGCCAAUUAGCUUCAGUUUCAUCACUUAUUCCUUCAGUGGAUAGUAUCUCUACAAGAUUAUAAGAAAAAUUCAAAAAUAAUGCUGAAGAAAGUAUCAUAAUUUUGUCUUUUUUUGUCAUUGACUUAGAGUUGUCUAAUAUUUUUGCUUGGUGAUAAAUUACUGAUAAAAAUUUGUCAAUUUUUCUUCCUUUGCUUAAGUGAUACUUAUGUUGUACAUUCAACCGUUUUUGUUUUACUUUGUGUUUUCUUUUGUAACGAAAUAUGCUUGAUUGGGAUCAUUUAUGUUUAGUAACUUUCUGCUUAGGCUGAACAGUUAUAAAUCUAUGCACGUGAUCAGAAAAUUCCCAGUACAAGGCAUAAAUAAAUGAUCGUUCAGAAAGUUAAUAUUGUAGGCGGAUAAAAUCGUGUUUGAAAAAAAGAGCGAUAAUAGCCAGUUUAGCGGUCAUUGCAGUCGAUUUAAAUACACAAUGGUCUGGUUAGACAUAUGUUAAUCAGUUUCAUCGUCACUAAGUUAAAUCUGUUUAUCUGAGAUAUUAGUAUUAUAAUGAAAAAUGAAUAAAAGACGAUUCAGCUAAGAAAAUUUUAUUUCUUAACGAAUCAUCGUAAUCAUAAUUACAACAAAAUAUAUUUACCCAUCAAUGGUUAAUGGGUCAAUACAAUGUCAUCAUAAAAUUAUAUGAAGCCUAAUGAUUUCAAAUAAGAAGCUCGUACAGUUCCAAAGAAGAUACUGUUUAUGAAUAUUGAAUUCAGAGGAGAGACAUUAGCAGAGAUACUGAAGAAUUGACUGUGCAAAGCACUGAGGAGUACCUUAUUUUCUGCUCAGCUUCUGAUUCUAGGGUGUGUAAAGAAUAAAUUACCCCUCUGGGUCACCUCAAUGUACGUUUAUCAAUUCAACUGUUCUUGUUGAGCUGGUUAAAUAGGCCAAACAAAGCGUGUUCUAUCCGAACGCAUCUCCGAACUCUACUUUGUAUGGCUGUCUAAAGUACAGUGUAAAGCUGUUAACAACUCGAUUCUUGGUUAUCCCUGCUCACUGUGCUUCAUGAGAAUCUUUCAAAGUCAUUUAUAAAGAGAAGGCAAACAUUUUAAGCGACUGCGUAUCCACCACCUCAACACAGCAGAAGCUCUGGCAAUCCAGUAUUCUAAGCCUACUCUUUGUGUUCAAAAAAGAUACAUUCAAUCUCUAAUUUUGCCUUGGUUGUAUUCUUCCUAAGACAUUCAUUUAUAUGUUUAUUUACCAUGAUCCUAUAAGCAAUUUUUGAUGACCUUGAUUUGAUUUUACCGUUAUCACCUCUUGACUUUAUUUGUCGUUUUUCACCCAUUGGCUAUUGACAUAUAUACAUUUUCUUAUAACUAUGAUUACCAUGUACAGUUUUUGAAAGUGAUUUGUUGAAAGGAAAAUUUUCUUCGCUGAAUUGUAUUUUAGUAAUAAUAGUAUAUAUCACUAGCCUUAUCCCUUCUAAACUUCCUCAUAUACAUAUAGGUUGAUUCUAU